UCCACAACCAGGUACUACUUCACGAGUGACCCUCGACAGUAACAAAAUCAAUAAAAGCCCGAACCCAAACCCUCCCACCGUCAUAGGUCUGUAAUUACUGUGGAUUUGGUAAGACAUGGCAUCAAAGAAAUUUGCUGUUAAAUGUGGGAACUUUGCUGUCCUCGUGGACCUUCACUUAUUCCCGCAAGAUUCAAACAAAGAUGCCAGCUGGUUUUCUGAACAGAAGAAAGAGGAAGUCUGUUUACUGUUAAAAGAAACCAUUGAUUCAAGAGUUAAGGAGUACUUGGAAGUUCGUAAACAGCACAGGCCGUCAAAUACAGAAUUCACAAGAUCCAGUCCCUUGACCUUAAAAGGUUUUGGCUUUCAAAUCACAGCCUAUUUCCUUAGGAGAGGGAUCCGCCUUCACUGCUUUUCGCGUUCACAGAGUCCUGAACUCCGUGUAUUCCCUGACAGAUUUGUGGUCUGUGUAAGUCAGCUUGCAUUCAGUAGUGAUCUUUUGGGAAAGCAGAAUGAAGAAUUGACGGAAAGAGCCCUCCAUGGAACGUCUGAUUAUUUUGCUGAGUGUGCGGAGAGUCCACUUCCUCCCAGUGCAAAGCUCAAGAGAAAUGCUUUGAAAGAAAUUGUGAAAAGAGCUGAAACAAAAAGCACUACCGUGAGGAAAUCAUCCAGCAGCAGGGACAUUGUGGGAACAUCUAAUGGCUCAGUGACUGCAGAGAUGGCAGUGAGAAGGGAUGACAGUCAGACUGUAUCCAGCCUCCCAUCAGAGUCCACGGGACAAGCAAAGGAUUACAUAAAGGCAACUGAGAGCCACUGGGGGCUUCCUGUUCGAAAGCUGGAAAAUGUUCAUCAGACGCAGCCAGAAGAUACUAGCAGCCAGCAAAAACCUCAUCCUGGGGAGUGGUUAGAGACUGGGCUUCUAAGCAGGAGCCCUGUCUGGAGCUGUGAGUCAGCAUCACCAGGUCCAAAACAAAGUCCACGAGGGGCCAGAACACAGCAGAAACGCAGGAACUGCAGCUCUGCGCAAGGCUCCGACCACCACAAGAGAGUUGCUCUUGGAAGUGAUCGAUUAGUCCCAAGAGAAAUAAUAGUGGAGAAAAGCAAAGCUGUCAGGGUUUUGCCAACUUCAGAGCUGUCAGAUCCGGGGUUACUUUUGAAACAAGAUUUGGCAAAAACCAUGUCUAAUGAAGAGUUGCAUGUUUUGGAAAAUCUCUCCUCCAGACAUCUUAUGAAAAAUAAGCCAGCGCAGGCAGAGCAAACCGGCUCAGCCACAAAGACUGAAAGAUUAGCUGCAAUUCAGGGCAGCCCAACCAAGAAAAGGAAGAAGUCUGAAAGAGGCCACUAACUUACUGAAGAGGAUUGCGAAGUUGUGGUUGAGGAUAUAGUGGCCAAACCUGUGAAAAAUGAGAAGUGGGUAUCGAUGCUGUGAUUUCAAAGGAAUUAGAAUGAUUGUUUUAAAUAGGAAAUACAUAUCUAUGUUAGGGUUAGCUUUCAAAGCAGUCACCUCCAGGAGCCUGUGUGUUUGUUCUAACAACACUGCUACUCUCUCAUCAUACUUUAUAACUAACUGUCUUGAGGAAAUUAUGUUAAUGAUAACCGCCCGUUCACUUUGUGAGGGAUGACACCAUUCACGAUGAACUGCUUGGAGGAACCAAUCAGAUGCCACCGCGCAGGCGCAUCACUGUACAGACCAUGCGAUGGACCCCGUAAAGACAGUGCCACAGAGCUGCAGUUGUUCUAGGGGUACAGUUGAUCCUCUUGCUCCGCAGUCUAAGUAGGGCAGCAGUGAAAGAACAGGCCAGUGGUUCUCAGCAUCUCGUCCUACUGCAGCAUCACUGUCUGAAAGUCUGUUAGAAACGCAGAUCUCGGGCCCCACCCCAGACCUACUGAAUGAGAAACUGGGUGAUUCUGAAACAUGCUCAAGUUCAAGAACCACCCUACUAAUUGGAGACUCCCUAGUGUGUAUUUUCUCCAGCCUAGCGACCAUGGCCUCCAACUUCUCAGCUGGGGGCCACAUGGAGACACCUACACGCCUACUCCCUCAAAUUUGUGAAGCACCUGGGUUCAGUGUAUGAGUUACUCUGUUCCGCAGUUCUUAAGGAUAACAGCCACAGCGCCCAGGGAGCCGUUACUUACUCUAACAAUUGCAGGACAUUUACAUAUAAUUCUCCCCAGCAUUAGGGAAAACAUGGAAGACACUUGUUCUUGCUUGCAGCUCAAGCCUAUCCCUUUCCCUGCCCUCGCCUCUAAGAUUUUGGUUAGGUUCAAGAUGGAACAGGACCCACGUGGCCAGAGUCACCAGUUUCCCAUUUGGAAGGCUUCACAGACAGUUUGAAUUUCAAAACAGGAGCCUUAGAUUUACGAUAUCGCCCACUAAUGUCUCCAGUGGGCUUGCCGAAAUCUCGCAUAGUGAAUCAUAGCAAUGACUUAUUUUGGAUAGACACCUUCUAAAGAUUUUCAUAAUUCAAUUUCAUCCUAAGGAAAAUCCAUCUUCAAAAGCCACCCGUCAAACAUCUUUUCUUCCUGCUCAUCAUUGGGUGGUCCUUUGAAGUAACACCUCCCUAGUUACAAGGAAAAUCAAGUAUAUUCCCAAAAGUGUUAGUUAGCAGAAAAAUACCCCAGAAAAAACCUAACAAAAUAAAAAAAUAUGGACACAGACAGUGGGUAAGUUUAUGCUUAAGACUAAUUAGUGAUUUGUCCCAACUCUUUCUGUCCUUCCCAUGCCUUCUUUCUCCAUUUGUAUUGUAGGGUAAGACUCAUUAAGAAGCAACCAUAUCUCGUGGCAUCAUUUUAGGUCAUGAAAUUCAGUCUAUAUCCUGGCCAUGGAUAUAGAUGCUUUUCUUUCCUGCCUGGAAACCUGUCCCCUUCCUGUGGUCGCAACCUCACCACUCCCACCAGGAACAUGGCCCUGCCCACUGGUGUCAUUUCCUCUUCCCUCCUAGCUUUUUUCCUGCCCCAGCUGAUUCUAAUCAAAGGAUUCUAUAGGCUAAGAAGGAAUCCAACAGAAUACCAACCACAGUGGAGCAGAUUCUGUUCUUCCAGUAGGGGUGGACUGCACCUCCUGAGGAAGUAGUAGAACAUCAAUUUCCAUGGCCCAUCGUGGGCCUCUCUCUUGGAGUGGUCAGUAUUCUAGGUGUGCACUGAACACAGGACCACAGGUGUGUCAUUCAGUCUUCUUAAACAGAAACAAUGAUUGGAACAGUUUCAACAGAGGGGGCACAAAUAAUAACCCAGAUAGAUAAGCCAAGAAACAAUAAGCUCCCUGGGAGAGCCCAGAAUAAAGAAGACAGCCCUUCCAGAACAAUAGCUGCUGCCUGCCGCAGAACUAGAAGAUGUGUGAACUGAAGGCACCAGAGAAAGUUUUUGUUGAGUUUUUACUUCAGUCAAUCUGGGCCCAGUGGUUAAAGCCAAUUCUUAUACUUUCAAUGGUUUUCUUUCAGUAAAACCUUGGCUUUAGAGUUGGGUGUGUUUGUGGAAAUAACUACUGUGAUCUUAAGAGGGAAAAUAGUACCAUUGGUUGCAGAUGGAUACGGUCUUUCAGCCAUCGUGUACACAGGAUUUUAACAGGAUUAACGGACCGAACAGCUCUCUACUUCCAUGUACUGCGGCAUGUGUUUGAGGAAUUUUGCCUUUAAGCAUUUUUCUUCCACAUGUCUGCAACACCCCUGGAUCUCUUGUUAUUUGAAUGGUUGUGGGAUCUCUUGUUAUUUGAGUGGUUGUGGGAUUUUUUCGAUAUUAGGAAAUACAAAGGGGAAAAUGGCUGCCAGGUUUUUUUGUUGCUUAUUAGGUGGAAAAUGAAGAGUUCUCCACUGCUGGAAGUGAUAUGUGUUUUGAUAUUUUUAAUAAUCUUAGUAAUUCAGCAUCUGAAAAUCUGAGAUCCUGUCAGUAUUCUUAGUCAAAAAGAACAAGUUCAUCAACCACUUAAAUUAAAUGUGUAUUCAAGUCCCUGUAACUGUGAUGCUUGGAAGAAAUGUGGAUCCAAUUUGAUUGUUAUAACUUUAAACUCCCUAACUUUCUCAGUCUCAUGGCUUCUAAGUCACCUCCAUGUGCUUUCAAAUGACUUUUUAAUAGGUUGCUGUUGGGCUUUGCUUUGUUUUAGGUUGUUUUAUGUCUGUAAAUAAGAAAUGUCUGAACAGUCAGUGUGUUUUUUCUUACACAUUUUUCUUUUCUUUGCCAUUGGAAGUUACUUUCAUCCAGAUAUGCAUAUAAAUUGUUUAAUGCAAAGGAACAAACAUUUGGGGAGAGAGGAAUGAGUGCUGCAGCUUUUUUGUUCACUUAUUUUAAUAUGAAAGAAGUAGGAAAAUGUAUUUCAUUUUAUGAAAAGCAAGAGUCACAGAAAUCCUCUAUUUUGGUUUAUGGAGAAUAUAGCUUGUCUCUGAGUGAGCUAUCUCAAGAUACAUCUUGGGGACAGUGAUGGGAUCACAGUUAAUUGUUUGCUUUUGACGCAUGUUUGGAUUUUAGCAUGAAUUGUUGUGCACAUCGGUGGCCUUUGAUUUCAGAAAGAGCUUGCUGAGGGCAGAGCACAUAAGGGAAGGAAACUUCUGUGCCCAAGAGAAUGGCCUAGGAUUAGUGUUGCCAUUCCGUUUCCUUCAGUUCCUUCUUGGCAGGCCCCACUGUAAUAUUUCCACAAAAUUCUAGUGAGUGGCUCUCCUUUUGAGGUAACAAAUGGCUUUCCCAAGAGCCCAAGAUUCUCUAUUCGGCAUGCUAUGACUUGAAUAUGGAAAUCAUUUCAAUUUCUUUUUUUUCUCUUAUGAGGAAAUUUCCAUGCUUGGUUUAUUAAGAUGAGAGAGUUCAUUCGUUGUUAUUGAAACACUAAUGAAUUGAAACACGUUGGAGCAAGUAAAAAAUCAAAAUUAAGCUGAUUCUGUUAAAUGGUUUAAAGACUUUCUUAGUACAAAAUAAAUUAAGCAUUGUAAAAUGAAGGUAUUUCAGCUAAUUACUCAGGACAGAAAUCUACCCUUAAAUAUGCUCGGUAUUACAAUUUAAUGAUGUAAUUAAAUUCUCAGAAAUCUGCAGAACUCCCUCUAAUUUGGUUUCUUUAUUUAUUUAGCAAGACAAGGAACAAAUAUAUGUCAAUGUGUAGCUUAACAGAGGGGACUUGAGUGGGUGAAAUUAUUGCCUUUAAUUGUUGAGAACUACUCCAUACUGGGCUUCAAAUUACAUUCAAAUAAGUUUCAUUAUGCAGCAUAAUAUUACCAUGUGCUACCUUGUAAUUGCCAUUCCAGUUUCUUAUCAAAAAUCUUAGUUCUUCAAUUAAGCCAAAAUCAAUAAAACCACACAUUUGACCCCAAAGCCUCUGAUCAGGCUACUGUAGGUGUGGAUUUGACAGAUCCCCAGAAUAACUUUCUUCCCUCAAGUUAGAAAACCAAACACUGCAGUAAUCACCAUGAGAGCUCCUGUUCCCGUUGGCCUUAUCCUCUUGUUUGUUUAAAGUAUUUAAACAGUUAUACAUGUCUAGGGGAUGAAAGUAGUAUGCAUUGGAAACGAACCUGUUUUAUGAAUAAAAAGUAAAGUUGUUUUAAAAA